AUGGCUGCUCUCCUUAACAACUCGGCCCGCGUUGCCCUUCGCUCGGGUGCUUCGGCUACCUCCAAGGCCGGAGCUGCGGGCUUGACCUUUGCCCGCGGCAAAGCCACCCUUCCCGACCUUUCCUACGAUUAUGGCGCCCUUGAGCCCUCCAUUUCCGGCAAGAUCAUGGAGCUUCACCACAAGAACCACCACAACACCUAUGUGACCAGCUACAACAACGCCAUGGAGCAGCUGCAGGAGGCUCAAGCCAAAGGCAACAUCGCUGCUCAGAUCGCUCUCAAGCCUGCUAUCAACUUCCACGGUGGUGGCCACCUCAACCACUCCCUCUUCUGGGAGAACCUCGCCCCCAAGAGUGCCGGUGGCGGUGAGCCCCCUCCGGCCAUUGACACUACCUACGGUAGCUUCGGCGAGUUCCAGUCCAAGAUGAAUGCUGCUCUUGCCGGCAUCCAGGGCAGUGGCUGGGCUUGGCUCGUGAAGGACAAGCAGACUGGACAGAUCGGCAUCCGCACCUAUGCCAACCAGGACCCUGUCGUCGGCCAAUUCGAGCCUCUGCUCGGUAUUGACGCUUGGGAGCACGCUUACUACCUCCAAUACCAGAACCGCAAGGUUGAGUACUUCUCCGCCAUCUGGGAUGUCAUCAACUGGAAGACUGUUGAGAAGCGUUUUGCUUAA